CUCCACAAACCACAAAUUGUGAGACUAUAUUUGAUAUUUUAUUGUUGUUGUAUCAAAUUACGAAUAAAAACAAGAUUAAAAAAACUUUUUAAGUUAGAGUUGGUAUUUUCUUGAGAAGAAGAAAAUCCAAAAAAAAAAAAAAGGCCUAAAAUAUAAGGGGUCGCGCAGAAGAAGAGGAAAGAGGAAUGCGAAAGAAAUUGAUGGGAACAAGGAGAUGUCGGUGACUACUGUUUCACCUUGUUUUCAAAUCCUGCGGAGGCUCAUCGCCUCCCCUAUAACUUCUCUUCCAUCUCCUUCAGGAGUAUCCUUGUUUUCACUACGGCUAACCAAAUCAUCCUCUUUACCUAAAACUCCCUCCUCUCUCCGUUGUUGUUAUUCCACUACAAACAUGGCUGCUGAUCCUGUUGCUGAUGCUAAUAUGGAUGCUGUCCAACGCCGUCUCAUGUUUGAAGACGAAUGUAUUUUGGUGGAUGAGAAUGACUGUGUUGUUGGUCAUGAUACCAAGUAUAAUUGUCAUUUAAUGGAAAAGAUUGAAGCUGAAAAUUUGCUGCAUAGAGCUUUCAGCGUAUUUCUAUUUAACUCGAAAUAUGAAUUGCUUCUUCAGCAACGAUCAGCAACAAAGGUGACCUUUCCUUUGGUAUGGACCAACACUUGUUGCAGCCAUCCACUCUACCGAGAGUCUGAGCUUAUUGAGGAGAAUGCUCUUGGAGUAAUAAAUGCUGCACAAAGGAAGCUUCUUGAUGAAUUGGGCAUUCCGGCUGAAGAUGUCCCAGUUGACCAGUUCACCCCAUUGGGUCGUAUACUUUAUAAAGCUCCAUCUGAUGGGAAGUGGGGAGAGCAUGAACUUGAUUAUCUUCUAUUCACGAUCCGUGAAGUUAAUAUGAAACCGAAUCCGGAUGAAGUUGCCGAGGUUAAGUAUGUGAACAGAGAACAACUGAAAGAACUUUUAAGGAAAGCAGAUGCUGGUGAGGAGGGGUUGAAGCUAUCCCCUUGGUUCAGACUUAUUGUUGACAACUUCUUGUUCAAGUGGUGGGAUCAUCUUGAGAAGGGAACUCUCAAGGAAGUCAUUGAUAUGAAAACCAUUCACAAAUUGACUUAAAAAGCGGCUGUGUUGCAGUCUGGUUGUACCAUCAUAGUUUUUCCCUUUAAACCAUCAACUUAAGUUGUGAUUUUACUAAGGCAUUCCUCUACAUUUAGGUCUGUUCUUUCUGUUUGAAGUUGGUCUCGAUGUAAUUUUUCAACUGAUUGUGGCAUAGCUGAGGUUCCAUUGAAACUCACAAUGAUAUUACUACUUAUUUGCUGCA